ACCCCUCUCCCCUCCCCUACACACACACUCCAAAAACAUACACACACACAAAUUCCACCCCAAACAAACCCAGAGAACGUGUUCACGAUUUCCCGCACCCCUCCAUCUCCCCACUCUCUGUCUUGUCCGUCUCUCUCCCCCUCUCUCUCUAACUGAUCCGAUCAGCCUCAACGGAGGUCUCGCCUGCAUGAGCUCACGAACGACGGGGACUCUCUUAACGCGCGAGGGGGUUGCGUGCAAGGGGCGCGGGAGCGACUGAUGAGCCGGCAGCGGUGGCGGAGAGAGGGGAAGGCAGCGCCGAGAGGAGAGACGGAAGGGAAGAGAGGACGGCAAUGGCUGAGCUGGGACGUGGAGCCAUCGAUCCAGCGAGGGACGGGGUGGUGCUGGCGGAGAGGACGGUACCCCGGCCACUUCCACCCGGCAGCCGCCACAGGGAGUUCAGCUUCGGGGCCCUCUCGCUGGGCGAGCCCCUGCCACCCAUCGCCUCCGCCUCCCCGGGAUUGAGCCGCACAGCCCCGGCCAGCCCGGCCACCUCCACGCGCCUCCCGGCCAACCGGCCCAAGUCGGCAGUGGCCCGCAGACCGCCCAGCGGCGCCAUCACCACCGUCAUCACCGUGUCGCCCAGGAACCCGCCACCGCCCAUGGUGAUGGGCCGCAGUUACACGCAGUUCCCGGACGGCACGGGCACCCCGCAGGCGUGGCGGGAGGUGCGGGCGGUGCACAACUUCCCCAGGGACGCGCCCGCGCCCAUCGAGUCCCAGCCCAAGCGAUCGGGCAACGGCGGCGGCGGCGGCGGCGCCAACGCCAACAUCGUGGUCGCCGCCAGCCGGGUGCAGGUGGUGCGCGAGGGCCGGCGGGGCCAAGACGUGGGCAUCGCCAUUCCCGUGUGGCCCAAGCCCGGAGGCAGGGUAUCGGCGAUCCGGCCGGACCCCCGCGGCAACACCCAGCCUCAGCGCCAGCACGGCGCCGCCGCGGAACGGCCGCCGCUCAGCCCGCUCGCCUCCUGCUGCGCCCGCAUCUGGCACUACGACGACGGGCACCGCUGGUAUUCGUUCCGCGGCAAGGGCGUGGGCUGGCUGUGCGUGCUGCUGCCGGCGUUGCUGGUGGCCGGCCCCGUGGUGCAGGCGCUCAAGCUGAUGCAGCUCAACGGGCGCUGCGAGCGGUGCUGGGCGCGGUGCUGGGCGCGGGACCCGCUCUACGACUGGUUCAGCUGGCGCGACAAGGGCCCCGGUUGGCGUGCCAUGCUGGCGCCGCUGUACGCCCUGCUGUGCCCGCUCGUAGUCGUCUUCGUCAUCUUCACCGUGCUGUCGCUGGCGUUCUGCGAUUCGGGGACGGCGGGUGCCGACGUGGAGGCGGGCGGAGGUGUUGGUGGCGACGGCGGCGUGGGAGGGAGCACGAUGCCCAACGGUCGACCGGAUGCAUCCAAGCCUCACGGCAAACAAGCAGCAGCGCGCGAGCCAGCCUGGUGACCGCUGGCGCUCGCAACGCUCACGACAAUAGCGGCGUGAAAAGCAGACACGUCUGCGGAAGCUCACACCGAAGAAAAACUGCAAACGAAUGUAAAGCGAUGAGUUGCGUCGACUGUUUUCUGAAGAUGCAAUGCUGCAAGGUUUUAUGCGAAAGUGCUCGAUCAUAACCUCUCCCUGAAAAUGAGUCAACACCGAGUUGAGAAUUUUUUUUUAAGGGAAAUAAAUUAUGCAGAGAGGGGGAUGGUAUGUAUUGAAAACAUGAAAAGGCAAAAUACUCUUUAAAACAUAAUGCAAUAGAGACAAUGACAAAUACGUAGAGGUUGUUACACUGACAAACUUCACGUGAAGUUGUUUUAUGUGAAUUUUUAAAAAGAAACCAAUCAAAGCAAUUGUAUGCACGUAUGCGUGUUGCUGUAGUAUCAGGGAGUGGCAGUGUAGCGGUUAGCGCGCUGCGCUACGAACCCGGCAAUCCGGGUUCGAUUUCCACUCACGGUCAACACCCAAUGAUAAUUAUCUCAAACGGUCCUGUGCCUCCCC